AUGGUCAAGGACCUCCUCCUCAACGACGCAAAGUCUUCGGACCCCUCUAGCCCGGUGGACGCAAGCUCAUCUACCUUCAGACCCGCCAAGCCAGCAAGAGUCGCUUCUUACGAUGUAGAUCUCUCUGCUAACAAUUCCACCUCGAGCAUUCUCGCGCAGAAAGCGCAGCAGGUUUACGAGCGCACCCCAACAACACCAACCACGCCCACUUUCAUACUUUCUCCCUCCAAUCUCUUUGGAGGGUCUGGUCAAGAAAAGUCGGGCGAGCCCAUGCUCCUCGGUGGCUGGAGUCGAAGCAAAAGCUCCUAUGGACAAGGAGCCAAGCAGCGUCCUUCGCUUCACAGGCCUUCCACCUUACUUUCGCAAAACACAAAGACAGACGUAGCAACGCUGGCGUCGCAGGCAGAAGACGAAAAGCACACCGAAAAGGCAGCGCUUGGCUCAGGUGGAUCUCUUGCUGGAUUGCCAUCUUUCCAACACAUGCUCUACACAAGAAAAGGCCGCAGGAGCAUUGCGCUUAAUCUGCGCGCCUUUUCCUCGUACAGGUACCUGAUCGCGCUGGUAGUUCUGUUCUUUAUCUCGAUUCGCAUGCUGGCAGUCCCUUCCACUGUCAUCGAGACGAGCGUCAGUGGCGAGAUCACGAGGCACAGAGCUUCGGAUGCUGUCUUCCUGAACAAUUGGAUCCAACAUGUCAUUAACCACCCUGUCCGAGCCAGAGACAAGACCGGGUUUGCAGAGAUGGGCUUGAGGACAGAAAUGUACUCGCAUCUCCUCCGCCAUGCCACUCUGCCCAACUUUGAGCGCAUGGAAAGGGCGCUCUGGCCCUUUGUGCCCGGAAUCAACCAGCUGCGAAGGUGGUGGCAAGCUUCUGUCCAGGCCAAGCCUACACCCUACGCUGCUUCUGGCGCUUCCGCAAAGGGCUCGCAACUCAAAGAAAAUCUCUUGGCGCAUGGAUUUGGCAGAGGACCGACAGUGAAGCCUGGUUCGCGCGGGAUUGUCAUGUCGCUCGGCUACAAAGGCUCGGUCUUUGCAUCUCAGUUCAUCUCGAUCAUUCGAGAGAAGCACAGGAAUGACAUCCCCAUCGAGCUCUACUACUAUGGCGACUCGGAUCUCCCAGCCAAGUACCGUGACUACCUCACCAAGACCUACCGCAACGUCCGCUGCGUCGAUCUCGAAUUGCUUGGUCUCUUCGACGCGGAUCUCGUUCAGCUCGAACGUCAAGGUUUCGCGAUCAAGCCUUUUGCUCUCCUCGCUACCAACUUUACCGAAGUCAUGCUUGCCGAUGCCGAUGCCAUCAUGCUUGAGAACCCAGACAAGUUCUUCGAGGAGCCUGGCUACCUCGACACAGGCACACUCUUCUUCCACGACCGAGACCACCAACGCGCCGGUGCCGACUACGUUGUUCAAGAAUUCAUGAACAACCAGCUCUCGCUCCGUGGGCCUUCGCCACGAUUGGCUCAGUCCGAAUUCUGGACCAAGAAGGGCAUCUUUGAGCAGGAGUCCGGUAUCGUCGUUGUCGACAAGAGAAAGACCGACGUUUUCGCAGCGCUUCUUUUCACCGCAUGGCAGAACAUGGGGGAGAUCAGGAAAAAGACGACCUACCGAAUCUGGUGGGGAGACAAGGAGACCUUCUGGCUGGCUUUUGAAUUUUCCAACUUCCCUUACUACUUUGUGCCCAGGUACGCACAGGCCAUCGGCACAACUAGGAUGGUGACGAAAGCCGAAAAGCUGGCCGCAGCUGCCAAAGCCAAGGCUAAGGCCGCCAAGGCUGAGGCGGAGAAGGCCAAAAAGGAGAAGCGUGCACCAGCUGAAGCUGGACAGGACCAAGGCAAGAAGGUGGACAAGAAGCCUGCUGCUGUCGAUCUCAACAAAGCUGGCCAAGCGAUUGCGGCACCCCUCAAUCCUGAUGCUAAUCCUUUGAAGGAGGGUAUACAGCCAGCUCAGCCCAAGCUCAAAGCUGAGCCCGAGGCAGCAGCAGCAGUCGCUGCCAAAGCAGGUCCCCUUGCCCCCGUCCCCGCCGCUGCUUGCUCGGACGAUAUGGAAGCGACCGAAGAACUCUGCUCUGAACAUCCACUACACUUCCUCGGAGCCGACAGCGAAGACGCCAAUGGCGAUGGUGUGAUCGACAGCAAAACGCUUGGUCGACCAGCUUGGUUCAACGGUGGAAUUCUCGACGCCAAAGUGCUCAGCGACGAGACCUACAUCCAACCCAACACCUUCACUCUGGAUGGUGAAUGGGAGUUCCUGUUCGAGGAAGAGAAGUGGUGCAUCCGAAACUACACCAAGGGUGACAUCCAGCAAUUCGAUCUUACUGCUAGGAUCGACGAGAUUAAGGGGAUCGCAAAAAAGGCAGAGGAUCACUUCAGAGCCAAGAUCCCAAAGACCAAGAGCGUCAAGGAGGCCGUUCUGGAGGACAAGUGA